CAAUGUUUAAUAAACAUGCCUAAAUUGUAUUUCAAAAUUUUUGUUAUAUUUCUUACAAUUACAUUUCCAUAUAAUAUUAGCUGUGAAAGCCAUGGCAAAAUUAAAGGAGGAAGACAUGCUAAACCAGGUGAAUUUCCAUUCAUGGGCCUUUUGAUAUCCCCGAAUAAUGAAGGCAUUAAUAUGCUUUGUGGAUGCGCGUUAGUAACCACGACGAAAAUUGUAACUGCUGGUCAUUGUCUCAUGACAUGGGAAAACGGCCGGAGAAUCUUGAACGAAAUUGAGGAAGGAGAAGUAUUUUUUGGUACGAUACAUCUCAAGUCCAGGGAAGGUCAAACAUCAAAACUUAAAUCGGUGAAAUAUCCCAAGGAAAUAAGAUUGCAAGAGGCGGAUUCGGUUAUGCACGAUUACGCGACUGCCGAACUGGUUACUCCAAUGGUACUCACCGACACAGUGAAGGUCAUGCAAGUUUACUCCAAAAACAAGCAAGAGUUUAAAAAUGGUUGGGAUGAAUUGGUGGCUUCGAAGGGAACGUGCUUAAUUAUUGGGUGGGGAGCAAGAGACUUUCGUGUCGAGAACGACUCAUUCGUUGUAACCCUAGGUGCCAGUCCCAUCUUAAAAACGGCUGUGGCUCAACCGUGGGAAGAGGAAAAAUGUGAAAAGUAUGUUGGACUGUGGGAACUGAGCAUGGUACCGUUUGGAGAGGUUUGCCUUUUGGGUGUUACACACGGCGAAAUUAUACUUCCUGGAGAUUCCGGAAGUCCGUUGAUGUGCGGCGACUACGUCUGGGGCGUGUGCUCGACAAUGAUAUUAGAUGACACCGGAACGAUGCCAUUUCAGUAUCUUUUACACUGGCAUUAUUUAAACGAAUUUCUAUACCCAGAGGGUGCUAUAGGCUCAUCAAUUCGUCCAGAAAUUUCUAUUCCUCUGUUUUUCAUAAUUUUGUUCUUGAGAUAAAAACUUGUCAGUACGUGCAAGUACAUAAAAUAACAAAGCGACUCUACUAAAUCACCUAAAUAAACUAUUACAACUAUUUCUCAAUGCGUUAACACAUGUUAUUAUUUUGAUUAUACCCAUCGGGUUCUUCAAUAAUUCAUUUACAAUUUGCAAAUACGCUGUUUUCUUAAUUUUAUUUUUGGCAUAAAAUCGGUUUGUUAUCUCACAACAAGUAAAAUAACACGACUCAAUUAACCGGUUUCAAUAAACAAUUUAAUUUUUAAA